CAAGUAGGCAACUUGCUGCAUGCCGCAAUUCACUUCCUGAAACGCUAUCUGCAGUUAAGAAGACGGCUUUCAAUCUUCAGCGCUCUUGGGAUUUUUAGAAAUAUAUGGUCCAUUGACCCUAUUCACAGAUAUUCACAGAGGGUAAAGGUUAUAUGUGGUAUGUAAUUUUGUUUACAGAACACUUCUAAAAGUUUCUAAAUGGUGUACUUGCAAAAACUGAAAUGAAUAUAAUUUAUGUUGUAGGUGUCUAACAUGGAAACCCUACAAGAUGACAUAAUUGAGAUGGCAGCGAUGGGCCAACCAUUCCAGCUGGGCAUGCUCUAUAAUCUAAGAAAGAAAGUUCUCAUACCAGGGGUCAGUUUAUGGAGCCACAGUGAAAUUCAGAAGAACAAAAGCAUCACACCUAAAAAUUCAACUGAAUUUUCUGCUACUGGAUCUGAAAGCAUUGAAGAAAAAGCAAACUCUCUGAAAUUAGAUACCCAUCUUGGGCUCAGUUUGAUAUUUGAACAGAUCAAAGCAAGUGGUUCAGCAGAAUAUCUUAUGGCCACAAAGAAUUCACAGCAGCAUGCACGACUUACUCUAAAAUACCACACGACCACAAGAUUUGAACAACUGACCAUGAGUCAUUUGACCAUUAGGAAUGGUUUUCAAAUGGCAGAGCUUAAAGAUAACUCAGCAACACAUGUGGUCAUAGCUGUGUUGUACGGGGCUAAUGCAUUCUUUACAUUUGACAAAAAAGUAACUAACGAGGAAAGCAAGGAACAGAUAAAGGGAGACUUGCAGCAAGCUGUUAACAUACUUUGGGGUCUGGCCAAAGAGUCUGCCUGUGUUUCACUGAGACUGAGUGACAGGGAAACCAAAGAGCUUCAAAACAUGAUCUGUUCUUUUUAUGGAGAUUUUAAGUUGGAUGUAAAUCCAUGCACAUUCGAAAAUGCGAUGCAUGUGUAUUCCACCCUUCCUAGCCUGCUUGGGAAGGAUGGAGAAAACGCUGUUCCUCUAAGGGUGUGGCUCUAUCCUCUGUCCAGACUGGGACUAACAGAAGCUCCGCGUGUAAUAGAAAUAAGCAGUAGCUGUUCUACAUGCAUAUUUCGCAUAAUUGAAGAUUUUGACACAAUAGAAUUAAAGUGUAAUCAUCUUCUAAAUGAAGCAGCAGCACAAACAUUUCCUGUGACUCAUGGCAACAUCAUGGAUCUUAAGCAGUCAUGCCUGAACUAUAAGAAACAUUUCAUAGAAAAGAUUGGUUCUUUGCUGCCAUUAGUGUAUAAUGGUGUAAAAGAAGAGAAAGAUAUUGCUGCAUUAUUGGAACUCCAUGAGAGGUCUCCUUUCAGGAGCACUAAUAUUAACCAGUGGUUAAAGUUCAAAGAAGAAGAAUUACAUACAGUGCAGGCCAUCUUGAAGCAGCUUAGGGGAAUUGGUGUAGAGCUGCUCACUGAUGAGGAAACUGAAAAUGUAACUUGCUUUACUUUUACCUCCCUAGAACAAGCAGCUCCCUUUCUAUCUCAGUUAUCAGAGUAUCUAACAGGCCUGAGUGACAACCUAACAGGCACCAGAGCUCGAGUGACAACCGACAGCCCUCUGACAUGGUUAACAGAGGAGGUCAAAGUGACAAUGAGAAGAAAACUACAAUUAUUCAAGAAACUGAAAACAUCCAUCAGCACUAAGUUUGCUGUGUCUUUAGAACACCACAAGAAGCACCCUGGUGCUUGUAUCAUGGUGUACAGAGAUGAUUGUGAUGGGGCUGUUUGCUUUAGUCCUCCAUCUAAACCCAUCUGCUCAACCACUGCUGCUUCAUCUCAUAGUGUAACAGUGACGUUAAGCCCUGCCUCUGAGUCCACAGUGAAGCGAAACCUGGAGUACAAGAUGAAGCAGGAGGAUGAAUGGAAAUGUCAACCUCUCCAGCAGGACAUAGAGGAAAUCACAAUAGCAGGACUUAAUGCUGAUAGUGUGUAUGAGAUGAGGUGCACUGCAGUGGGUGCACUGGGAUACACUGCUACUAGUGAUGUCACCACUGUUCAAACUAAGAAGAAAAGAAGACAAACCACAAAAAUGGCUUGCCCACACACUGUCCCCACACCUCAAACUAAAAGUUUCCAACCACCAACUGACCGAACUGUCAGUCCACGAGCUGAACACCAAACACAGAUCAAACGCAGCAACCCUACAAAAGAUCAAAGUGUCAUUAAGAAAGACACAGCAAUGCAGACUGUGCAUGAAUCACCAUCACAUGUGGUCACAGCUGUUUUGUAUGGGGCUGAUGCUUACUUUACAUCUGAAGAAAGAACUUCAAAGAAGAUAGAGGAACAAAUUUUUGAGGGUGAGAUAAAACUUAAUUUUCACAGGUGUGGUGGUAUCAAAACAGGCAGUGAAAAGGCAACACCUGUGCCUGAGAAAUUCGGCUGCACUUUCUCUGGAGAUUUUAAUCUGCAACCACACCCUGCCUCAGUUAUAGAAGCAAUAAAUCUGUAUACAACACUUCCAAACAUGCUUCCAGACAAAGAAGAAAAAGCAGUUCCACUCAGAUUGUGGCUCUAUCCUUACUGCAAGCCAGAAUCAAACACAGCUAAAAUUGUCAGAGACAUACACAGCCAUCUAAUUACAGAUAUAUCAGAUGUAAUUCAUAAUUUGAACAUUGCAGAAAAGAAAUGCAAUGACCUGGUGAAUGAUACAGUAGCACGAACAUUUCCUGGAUUCUGUACAAAAAUUCAGAUUCUGAAGAAGGAAUGCCACUGUUAUAAAUUUGAAAUGAUGAGGAAAGUUGGCUCUCUGCUGCCCUCUAUCUGCCAAGGUGAGAAGGAAAGCGCCCUGUCUGAGUUCUUAACAUUGCAUGAAGAGUCUCCAUAUAAUAGCACCACACUAGAUAGGUGGUUUAAAGUAAAAGAAGAAGAAUCCAGUGUCAUAAAGAUAUUUUUGCAGGAGCUGCAGGAUAUUGGUGUAGAUAAUGAUGAUGUAUCAGAUCCUGAAACUAAUGUUGUCUGUUUUACAUUUACCUCUCUGGAUCAGCCAGAUGAUUUUCUAUCUCAGUUGUCAGACAAUGUGAAAACAGGAGCAGUGAAAAAGGAAAGAGGUCCUGAAACUGAAAACUCAGAAAUUCAAACAUGGCUAACUGAAGAUGUCAGACAGAGGAUGAGAGAAAAACUACAAUUAUUCAAAAACCUCAAAACAUCCAUAAACGGUGAUCAUACCAAAUUUACUGUGUCUUCAAAACACCAUAAUCUCCAUCCUGGUGCAUGUGUGAUGGUGUUUAAAGGUGGAGCAAGUGAAAGUGAAGCUGUCUGCUUUACCCCGCCAUCUAAACCCUUCUGCUCAACCACUGGUGCUGUGUCUAACAGCAGUGUAACAGUGAAGGUAUGCCCUGCAUCUGAGUCCACAUUGAAGCGAAACCUGGAGUACAAGAUGAAGCAAGAAGAUGGGUGGACACUGGUAGCUCUGGAGAAGGAUGCUAAGGAAAUCACACUAGCAGAGCUGAAGGCUGACACUGUGUAUGAGAUCAAAUGCACUGACAUAGGCCAACUGGAAUAUACAGUUGCCAGUGACAUCAUCACCAUUCAAACUCUUAAAAAGGUGCACCCACCAACUGACCUAAGAGCCAUGAACAUUACAUCUUCCUCAGUCCUGUUAUCUUGGUGCCACUCCAUGUUGAAUAGUGGUAGAUUGGUGAAUGGGUACAUUGUUGAUUAUAAGGCGGCGGAUAGUGGCCAAUGGCUAAGCAUAAAAUCAUCAUCAGCAGAAGACUGUGUAUUCAGUUUAGGUAGUUUGACACAUGAUGCCUCUUAUGUGCUUCGGAUCCCUAAAACUCUGACUGAGAUGUACAUAGAGUUCCUGCACACUCAGAUCAACAUGAAGAAUGAGAAGUAUGAGCGGAAAAAGGAAAGAGAUCAAAAGAAAUAUCUGGAAUCCAACAGGUCCAUGAUUCUGAAACUGGCUGAACUGGCUUUCAAACAGCUGAUGAAGGGAAAUGUGAUGUUCUAUGAAGAAGACCUGAGAGAGUGUGGCAUUGAUGUCACUGAGGCCUCCGUGUACUCUGGGAUCUGCACUGAGAUCUUUAGGGAGGAAUCUGUGCUUUACCAGAGGAAGGUCUACUGCUUUGUACAUCUGAGCUUUCAGGAGUUCCUGGCUGCUCUCUAUGUGUUUCACUGUUUUAUCAACAAUAAAAGGAGGGCGCUGCAGGCUUUUAAUUUACAGCCCUGGUUUUGUUCUAAGAAUGUUCCUCUCAGUGACCUGCUGAAGGCAGCAGUGCGUAAAGCCUUAGAGAGUCAGAAUGGACACCUGGACUUUUUCCUCCGUUUCUUGCUGGGCAUCUCACUGGAGUCCAAUCAGAGACUCCUACGAGGCCUCCUGACACACACACACAGCAGCCCAGAGAGCAUCACAUACACAGUCCAGUACAUCCAAGGCAAAAUACAAACAGAGGACCUCCCCACUGAGAGAUCCAUCAGUCUGUUCCUCUGUCUGUCUGAAAUGAAGGACCACUCUCUCGCCAGAGAGAUUCAGGAGUAUCUACAAUCAAAGAAACACUCAGGACAGAAGCUCUCUCCUGAAGAGUGUUCAAUACUGGCUUUCAUGCUUCUGACCUCAGAGGAGGUGCUGGAUGAGUUGGACUUGGAGAAAUACAACACAACAGAGGAGGGUUACAGGAGGCUGAUCCCAGCUGCUGCAAACUGCAGGAAGGCUCUGUGAGUGUUUAACUAUUAUUUAUUCAAUAAUUUAUAUUAGUAAUUGAGUACUGAUGGCUAAAUGUUUCAUUCACCCUCACAAGGAAGAUGCCACACAGCUUUAGAGUUGAUACACUGGAUCAUUUAUUUGGGGUCCCUCCAU